AUCAGAACACUUCAAAAAAUAAAUCAUCACCAUUCGAUUUUGACACUAUACAUUCAUCUCUCCCCAUCAACUCCUAAUUAACAAAAUCAGCAACAAUGGCGGGUGAGACUUAUAUUAAUCCUUAUCAUCCUCAACAAUGGCCUCCUGCUGCGGCACCUCCACCAGCUCCCGCCGCAGGAGCAGCUCCUCCACCUAUGCCUCCUCCUAACCCUGGUGUUCCUAUGCUUCCUCCUCAUCCUCAUCCUCAUUCUCACCCUCACCCUCACCCUCACCCUCACUCUCACCCUCAUCCACACCCUCAUCCUCAUCCGCCUCUCGAUUAUCUUGCUUCCGAUGAGCAGGUGAGAACGAUAUUUAUUUCUGGAUUACCAGAAGAUGUCAAAGAGAGAGAAUUGCAGAAUAUGUUGCGAUGGUUUCCAGGCUAUGAGGCGUCUCAGAUUAAUUACAAAGGAGAACAUCCAAUGGGUUUUGCUCUCUUCUCCACUCCUGAAUUUGCUCAUGCUGCUAAAGAUGCUCUUCAGAAUGUGGUAUUUGAUGCGGAAUCUAAGGCUGUUUUGCACACGGAGAUGGCCAAGAAAAAUCUGUUUGUCAAAAGAGGUAUUGUAGCAGAUGGAAAUGCUUAUGACCAAAGUAAACGUUUGCGAACUGGUGGUGACUAUAGUUAUACAGGUUAUGCUAGUCCAUCUCCAUUUCACUCUCCGCCACCACCUGUCUGGGGACCACAUGGGUAUAUGGCACCACCUCCUCCCCCUCAUUAUGAUGCAUAUGGAGGAUAUCCUGUUGCUCCAGUUCCAAUGCCUGCUCCGACUCCUACACCUGCACCAAGCAGUUAUGUUCCUGUGCAGAACACAAAAGAUAACCCUCCUUGUAACACCCUAUUUGUUGGUAAUCUUGGGGAGAACAUUAACGAGGAUGAGCUGAGGGGUUUGUUUAGCGUACAACCAGGCUAUAAGCAGAUGAAGGUUCUGAGACAGGAAAGACACACUGUUUGCUUUAUCGAGUUUGAAGAUGUGAAUAGUGCCUCUCAUGUGCAUCAUAAUUUACAAGGGGCUGUUAUUCCCAGCUCUGGUUCUGUUGGCAUGCGUAUACAGUAUUCGAAGAAUCCCUAUGGCAGACGAAAAGAUUCCAAUUACCCUGCUGCUGCUGGUACCGCCGCCGUCCCUGCGACUCCUGUGAACGGGGCUGCUCCACCAAUGGAUUUUCAGUAGUCCAAAAGGGUUGUACUCUGCUCUUAAUGCUCCAAAAUUGCAACCUACAUGAUAGGAUGCAUCAUGCCGCAGUUGAAUGCAUCCAUUUCAUCAGCAUUAACAUUUCUUCGCAUGUGAUUGACUGCACAUACUUUCAUCAUUAAUGUAUCUUAGGGUUAUAUCUUGCCUUUACAUGCAAGAUUUGCAUUUGGUGAAGCAUCUCCUUAACUGCUUUAUGACAUCAUAGAUUUUCACACUACUCGUUUUUUGUAGGACUGAUGCAUUUCUGUUGUUGUAAGUGCGUGCUUGAUGUUCAUAUUGAUCAUGCUGUUGAUGAACAUAAUAUAAGAUGGAUUGCCAAGUCAUGUUGACAUUUUUUCCAUUGCCCCAAUGUCAUUAAAUGACUUGCACCAAUGUUUGGGGGAUCGGAUGUGGGCAACCUUAACCUUAGUAGUGAUAACAAAAAGGUUGUUUCCGAUUGACUUUUGAUAGCAAACAUCAUCCAUAACUUUACAUAAGUAAGAAGUGUAAAUAUAGUCAAGCGGACAUAAUCAACUUAAUUUCAUGAACAUGAAACUGUGACAUAGGAGGUAUAGGUUCUCAUGUUACUGAUCAUCCAUUUCCAUUAUCAUUGGCACCAUGAUUUAUUUCAUCAAGUUAUCAAAUCAUCUAUUGAUUCACCUCAAGGAUUUCCAUGUAUUCAAAGUUCAGCAUUUAAGCCCCCCAAACAUGGGAAAAUAUACUCUGAUCUUAUUAUAUGCAGGCUAUAUUAGAAAGUGACUCAUUGUCUGUCUCACUGCUUGUGCUCAAUUGGUCGCUGCAGCUCGUUCAGGCAAUCGGCUCCACUAGUGAAGAUGAAUCUGGAUUCUGGAGUUUGUAGGGUAUAAUUUAUUCUAUGUUUCCUUAGGAUUGGGGGAUUCUCCGGUAAUCUAAGGAGGUCAACACUGAUUGAAAUGAUCUCAUGAGCUCCUUUUGCAGUUUAUGUGCGGGGAAAUAACGACGGUUUAGGAUCAAUUAUUCUAGUUUUGAUAAUGUAAACAAAUAGAAUUUGAUGGGAGAGAAGUUAGUUGUUGGGUUUCGGCUUCUGCAUUUAUGUCAAUUGAUUCGAGUUUUGAUUGUAUAUUUGAUUUGUUUUGGGGGGAAAGCUAUUGCAUGCUGCGCUUGGAAUGUGUACAUAAGACUUAGAAUAUCCAAGAAGCCAGACUCAGAGACAUGAGAUAGGUGAGUUGAGUACAAGAUAAAACUUUGCGCUGGCAACUCAGUUUUGCAUGACACUGUUUCACCUUGAAAAAGACCUUUAUAAUUAGUUUAUUUUUUAGUUGAUCACUUUAAAACUGAAAGUAAUCACUUUAAUUAAUUGUAUGAGUUAACUCAAUAGAGAUAGUCCUUUCAUGAGAUCAUUUGUAUUUUUUAAGAUAUAAAUUCCAAAGUAGGGAAAAUUAGAAGGGAGAAAAGGGAAAACAAUUGGCAUGUGGAAUUGAGACUCAAAUUAUCUAAAUUUGUUCAGUUAAUAAAAGCACAUCAAAUUUAUACCG